AUGCGAGGAGACUCCUUGGUAGCCAUCGUGGACGCCAGCACCUGCCCCGACGACCCGAUGUACGAUGGCGUUGUUCACCAGGGGCCUGUAUGCAUGAAGUGCCUCGACUGGAUCGCGGCGCACUUCCCUGGGACUAGCGUCGACACCAUUGUGCAGCAAAAGAAAGAGAAGGAGGAGGUGGCGGAGUUCAUUGAUGAGGAAUGCGGCAAGACCAGGACUGCCCAGGCAGCGGCAAUGCUUCCCACGGUCGAUACGGUCGAGGGCGAUGCCAUCAUUGGUGAGAUGUACAUCAAGGCCUCCGCGCUCAGCUUUUGGCAGUUCACCCAGGAGUACAAGAAGACUCCGAAGCAGCUCGUCGUCCACCCGUGGAAGGCCCCCUCGAAGAACGAAGUGGUCUACUUGUGUGAACGCAUCGAGGCUUCCAGGGCGAAGUACCCAACUGUGAAGUUGUCAAUGACGAGGUCUACCUCAGUGACAUCGCGCAGGGGCGCGCUUGGCUUGGGGCAGCUGCAGCAGAACCUCAUCAUGAAGACGGCGGGCCUGGAGGAGUUCAAGAAGGACAGGGGCGCGGAGCCAGCGAGGUACCUAUUGAAGGACUUCCCGUCGCUGUCAGUCGAGGUGCUUCGCGAGCGUGCCGAGAGGAUCGAACAGAAGAAGGGGGCCACUAAACGUAAGGUGACAGCGGACUUGAAGAGCGGCUCAGUCGAGGGCAUCACCGAGGUCGAUGGCGAGAACACGUUGCCAUUUCCUGGCGGCGCCGGUGAGGGCCCAGCUGAAUCUGUCGAAGCCGAGCCCCCGAUCGAUAGGCCGUGCACCAUCGAGGCGCCGACCAAGGCCAUCGUCGAGAAGAACCAGUUUUCCCCGAAGCAGGCCGAGCAUUGGAUCCACGAGCUCAACCUCCAGCUCGCUUUCGACGGCAGCAAGAUGGGCGUGCCGCUCUCGCAGGCGGACCAGCACAAGGUAAAUUUCAACACGACCGACAGGAACAACGUCACUUGCAAGAUGGAGCAAUGCAGAAUGGCAAUUGCAAUGAACGCAACGAGCUGUCACAACCUGACCGGCGAAGACAUGGCACAUCAUUGGGGUGAGUUGAAGUGGGCUGAAGCCCAGUUGACGCUCAAGGCGUGGGUCGCCCUUGCCUUUCGUCAUUCCUCAAACUGUUGGGCGAAGGCCGACUCGGGGAGCGCCGACGAGGUGAAGGAUAACUUCAGGGAGGUGCUUUCCUACAUCAAUUUGUGGACGAGCCGCCCAGAGGACGAGAUGAGCGCGCUGAAGGUCGAUCUUGCUAGGCUGCCUUUGCGCGAUCGCGCUUUGGCCAGGGUUUUCUGCGACAUGGCGUUCAAGGACGUGCUGCCCAGGUGGUUCCAGGGCGGGAAAGACAAGAAGGACUACGCGAUCCAGUUUGCCGAAAUCGCUCGCGAGACGUGGGGCACCAUAGAGGGGAAUGCGGCCUUGGGCAACGCGCGUGCGACGGUGCACACCCAGGCUUGCUGCGCGGCCGAGGCUUUGCAAAUUAUCGGCGGCGGUUCCUUCCUGAAGAACGACUUCGAGCCAGACGCGUGGGAAACGAUUGCCGAGAUCGACGACGCUUCAGCUCGCAACGAGCCUGACCUUGGGGCUUACCAGAUCAUCGGCCAGGCCUCGGCGACGAACGAGUGGUGGAGAAACCAGAAGAAGAUGUGGAUAAAGCGCACCCCGAAGAACAACCAGUACGGCAAGGAUAUGAAGAAGGUGUAUGUCCAGCCCCAGUCCACGCAGGCCGAGUCCACGAUCGAGUUCGCGAAGACGAUGUCAGACAUCUGCGAGAAGGCGAUGGCGUGGGAGGCAGGGUUUCCAGAUUACGGCGUCAACGAGUUGAAGGAAUACAUCUUGCCAUUGGCGUCGCUUGCG